ACCAAAAAUGGCAGGGCGUGGGAGAGAGGACGAACAUGACAUUGUCGGUUGUUUUUUGUGUUCAGAUCGCUUCUUAAUCUCACCAACUUAGUUGUUUCCCACUCACUCACUCUCUCUCUCUCUCCUCUCUCUCAGCUUCUUCACAAGCAACCAACCUGUCUCUUGUUGCAAUCCACCCCAACACACUCCACUCCCUCUUCAAUUUCUCUGCUCUCAUCAUCUACUUCACCCUCUCUCUAAUUAUAGGAUAGGUUAUCUUCCUUAUUAUACAGAUGAAUUUGGAUGCCCAGAUUUGCCUCAUAAAUCCCCAAUUUAGAGUUAGUUAAAGCUAUCACGUUUCACAUUUCUAGGGUUUCCUUUUCAUAUAUAAAUCAAAUCAAGUAGGAGUAUGUCUUUACCUGCCGGCGAAGACAAGGAAAUGAGGGUACAACUACAACCCGCUUCUUCACUAGGCUACACCAAACCCGACCCGUUUUCCGGAUCCAAGCCCAGACCCGGUCGCCUGAGCUACCGCGAGUGCCUGAAAAACCACGCCGCGAACGUGGGCGGCAACGUGACCGACGGCUGCGGCGAGUUCAUGCCCAGCGGCGACGACGGCACUCUGGAAGCCCUCAAGUGCGCCGCCUGCUCCUGCCACCGCAAUUUUCACCGCAAAGACCCCUCCUCCGUCGCCGCAAUCGUGCAGCCGCUCCAGCUCCCGGCGCCGCCGCACUGGAGCAGCGCGAUGGUGCAGCCGGUGAAGAUGGCAUUCGAGGAGUCGUCGAGCGAGGAGCUUAAUUUCAACGAGGUGGCGCCGCCGCCGCCGCAGUUCGUGGCGAGGAAGAGGUUUAGGACGAAGUUCACGGCGGAGCAGAAGGGGAGGAUGCUGGAGCUGGCGGAGAAGGUGGGGUGGAGGAUCCCCAGGGAGGACGACGCCGAGGUGCAGAGAUUUUGCGCCGAGGUAGGCGUCAAGAGGCAGGUUUUCAAAGUGUGGAUGCAUAAUAACAAGACGGCUUCUUCUUCCUCUUCCGCUGCUUCCAAGAAACUUCCACACGAAUUCUAGAACCUUCUUAGCGUUUUUGUUGAGUAUUAUUAGUAGUGCUUACUAGUUUAGAUGAGCAUGUGAUGGGUAGAUUGAGAUUGUUGUGUUGAUAUAGGGAUUAUGCAUGCCUUCUUUCUUAGUUAAGUAGUAGUAACAACUUAAUUUCUCACUAUUCAUAAUAUCUACUCCUAUUUUAUGUGUUUCUUUUUAA